AUGGCAGCAGCCUCCGUGGACACAUCCAGCUGGGAAUUCCCUGAUGUUUGUAGGCACUACUUUGGAAAGUUUGGUCAGUGGUCCAGCCUGGUUUUCUCCAUGGUGUCGCUAGUUGGAGCCAUGGUGGUCUACUGGGUCCUCAUGUCCAACUUCCUCUUCAACACUGGACAGUUUAUCUACAACCAUGCUCACAAUGUCAACGUGUCAGAUUCAGAGUUUGGAACCAACGGCUCAGAAAGAGUCAUCUGUCCAUACCCAAACACCGACCCUGGAGGGAAUGAUACCAUCAGCACACUUUAUCUUAGCAGUAGCGGAAACGGUACCUCUGAUGUCAACGAUUUUCAACGCUAUUGGAGUAAAACCAACACCGUCCCCUUCUACCUCAUCAUUCUGCUGCUUCCACUGCUGUGCUUCCGCUCAGCUUCGUUCUUCGCAAGGUUCACUUUCUUGGGCACCUUAUCAGUGCUCUACCUGAUUGCGCUGGUUACUUACAAAGCUGUCCGCCUUGGCUUCCACCUGGAGUUCCACUGGUUUGACGCAACCCAGUUCUAUGUUCCAGAGUUCAGACUGCUCUUUCCUCAGCUGACUGGUGUCCUAACUCUGGCCUUCUUCAUUCACAACUGCAUUAUCACACUCAUGAAGAGCAACAAGCACCAAGAGAACAAUGUGCGGGACCUGUCUGUGGCUUAUCUUCUAGUAGGAAUGACCUAUAUGUAUGUGGGAGUGUUGAUUUUUGCUUCCUUUCCUUCACCGCCUCUCUUCAAAGACUGCAUCGAACCAAACUUCUUAGAUAACUUUCCCACCACUGAUAAGCUGGUGUUUGUGGCUCGGGCCUUCCUGCUCUUCCAGAUGAUCACAGUCUACCCUCUGUUGGGAUACUUGGUGCGGGUCCAGAUCAUGAGUCAGAUCUUUGGAAAUCAUUACCCCAGUUUCUUUCAUGUUCUGAUGCUGAAUAUCUUAAUUGUCGGAGCUGGUGUCCUGAUGGCCAAGUUUUAUCCCAAUAUCGGAUCCAUCAUACGGUUUUCCGGGGCUACAUGUGGCUUGGCUUUAGUGUUUGUAUUUCCUACAUUAGUCCACAUGAUCUCCCUGAGACGCCAGGGAAGGCUCAGCUGGCCCUCAGCCAUCUUCCACAGUUUCCUGAUCCUGCUGGGCAUAGCCAACCUGAUUGCUCAGUUCUUCUUGUGAGAAGCAGUCACUUCACUGUUCAAAGGUCAUGAUAAAAAAAAUUUGAUCGACAGUUCAGAUGGGAAUCUCUGUAAUUACCUGCAGAACUUUGAUGUACAUACGUAUUUUAUUUCAUACAAUGCAGCCUUUGGUAAUUCUAUGCUCAAAUCAUCUUUGGAGAUAGGGCCCCUACAGUAACUUGGAUUGUUCGUGCCCACACUGAUUCCAGACAUGCCCAGCCAAGUCUUCUAGACACACUGUGAACUAUGUCGAACCUCAGCCCAACUACAUCAGCAGCAGUACAUUCAGUAUAUAAAGUUACUGUUCAAAGCUUUUUUUUUUUUUUUUUGGUAGUGAACCUUAAAGUGCAGAAUUGAUAUUUUUUACAACAAUUUAUCAAAUGCCAAUGUGAAAAGGGCUCUAGUAGGGAUGAACCUACAGAGGAUAGGAUGAAUCUGAAGUUCCUGCUUUAUCGAGCUCCAUGCUCCGUUUUACUUGUCUGUUUAGCUCUCUGGCUGAAACUCUAUUGUUUGAGUUCACCCUUGCCUGUCUCAUAGCACUGUUUUGGCUGCAGCUGUUUCCAGAGGAAAAGCUCUAAAAGCCAACUGCACACUACCUGUUCAUCACCAAAAAGCAGACUAACAACAGAGACUACAACAGCUAAAGAGAUAGAUGUUGCCCUCAGGAGUUGGUUGAGACCAGAGACGGUCUAAAUAAGAAUAAUUUUGGACUUAUUACCAGUCCCAGUAAAUAUCAUUGGUGCUUUAUAAGUUAUCGAUGUUGAAAUAAGCAGCUGUUUACUAACAAGUUUAUCGUAUGAACUUGAACUUGGAAAGGAGAUAUGAUAAUGGUUUCCAUAUCUUCUCUUCACUGCCCCCAAGUGGUAAAGCACGUCUGUUAUUUCAGGUCAAAAUGUGUCACGGUUUGGUAAAACCAGAUUUUAUGGUUUGCUUUUUUUAUGGAAGUUGUAUAAUUCUUACACCAGGGAAUCAAAUAAAAAACAAUUUAAUAACAGUCCAUUAAUAACUUUGAUUAUCAGUAACUGUUUAUUUAUUUUUGAAGACAGCAGUGUUCUGUUUGUGAAUAAACUUUUGACAUACUCUUUUAAUUUUUAUGACCAGUGUUGAUUUACAUGUUGGACAUGUUUACGUGAUGCCCAUUUUCUAGAUACUAUGCCAACUGAGCUGUAUUUUACGAAUGAUAGGAUAGACAAAGGGAAUAUGUGUAUGAAAUAAAACAUAUCAAUCUGUAAA